UCCUAUCAAUAGCACGCAUCCUAAGAAAGUUGUCGCAACAUAAUUACCUUCAUCUCUACGAUUUUAUUGGCUACGUUUCGUUGCGUGUGACAUAAACAACGUUUCAGGUUUAUAAAGACGUAUCCGAAGUUUUUUGUUGAUUUCGUACGUCAAACCUCGGGCUGCUGCUAACAUCAGAUCGGCUGAAAGUCCUAGAAACAAGAUGACAUCCUGUGUGUACCAACUGGUGUGUGCUGUCUGUGUGCUGAUGUCUUGUCUGCCACAGACAUCGGCAGACUUUAGUACAGAGAGAGGGAAAGUGAAUGAAGCUUGCAGCAAAACUUUAGACACAUGUUUAAUGCUGUCUGGAAGUUCAACACCUUCAAGUGACGCUGGUUGGUGCACUCUGUUUGGGGGUACAGUCAAUGGCGUCAGCGCCUACCAGUGUGUUGUACGGAUCGGACUUUGUACAGACGAGGAGUUUGUGGCUCUCAAAAAUGGAGCUUGUCGUCAGACGGCUACGGUCCAGACACAGUCCAGUUAUCUAAAGACAUAUUUGUAUAAUGUGGUAAAAUCGACCAGCUCAGCUUGCCAGGAUCAAAUAGUUGAUUGUAUUUUCGGGUCCAGUGUGGCCACUGUUUUAAAACAACAGGAGCAGUACUGUAAACUGAUGAACCUUGGGAUCACCGGCAAGACCACCACGACAUGUCUUUCCCCAGCUUGCUCAACAACAGAACUUACGAGCCUGAAAAUAAUCUCGUGCUUGACAACCCAAUCCCAACCUUUUUCUGACGCCAUCGUGGCAACUUCUCAGGUGUGUCAAAAUGGUAUGGAGUCAUGCACCUAUGGCGUCACAGAGGCGUUAGCUUUAAUAAAAGGCGAGAAGUACUGUGACGUCAUGAGUCUGUCAUUUGCAACCACAGCUCACGAUUGCCUGAUAGCAGCAGGCUGUACAGAGACUGAAUUUCAGAAUCUAAAAGCAGCAGCCUGCAGUAAUUCUCAUAUUGUAGACUUUAAUAAGGAGCGAGGGAAAGUGUCUGAAGCUUGCAGGAAAACGUUAGACACAUGUGUAAUUCUGUCUGGAAGUUCAACACCUUCUACAGACGCUGACUGGUGUUAUCUUUUGGUGGCACCACUCAAUAGCGUCAGCGCCUACCAGUGUGUUGUACGGAUCGGACUUUGUACGGACGAGGAGUUUGUGGCUCUCAAAAAUGGAGCUUGUGGUCAGACGGCUACGGUCCAGACACAAUCCAGUUAUCUAAAGACAUAUUUGUAUAAUGUUUUAAAAUCGACAAACUCAGCUUGCCAGGAUCAAAUAGUUGAUUGUAUUUUCGGGUCCAGUGUGGCCACAGUUUUAAAACAACAGGAGCAGUACUGUAAACUGAUGAACCUGGUUGUUACCGGAAAAACGACUCGGGAUUGUCUUGCUCCCGUCUGCACAUCAUCGGAAUUUAUUAAUCUGAAAACAACCGCCUGCUCGACAACCCAAUCCCAACCAUUUUCUGACGCGAUCGUGGCAACCUCUCAGAUGUGUCAAGACGGUAUGGAGUCAUGCACCUAUGUUGUCAAAGAGGCGUUAGCUUUGAUCAAAAGCGAGAAGUACUGUGACGUCAUGAGUCUGUCAGGGACAACCACAUCUCACGACUGCCUGAUAGCAGCAGGCUGCACGGAGACAGAGUUUCAGAACGUGAAGGCAACAGCCUGCAGUGGAUCUAAUAUUGUAGAAUUUAUUACACAGAGAACAAUGAUGUCUACAGCUUGUAGCAAAACGCUGGACACAUGUGUAAAGUUGUCUGAAAGUCCAACCCCUACAAGUAACGCUGGUUGGUGCACUCUGUUUGGGGCAACAGUCAAUGGUGUCAGCGCCUACCAGUGUGUUGUAAGGAUCGGACUUUGUACAGACGAGGAGUUUGUGGCUCUCAAAAAUGCAGCGUGUGGUCAGAAGGCUGCGGUCCAGCAAGCGUCCAGUGCUCUAAAGAUAUCUAUGUACAAUGUGGUAAAAUUAACAAGUGACACUUGCAAGAGUAAAAUAGUUGAUUGUAUUUACGGGUCCAGUAUCGCCACAGUUUUAAAACAACAAGAGCAGUACUGUAAACUGAUGAACCUUGGGAUCACCGGAAAAACAAUAAAAAACUGUCUGGCUGGCUAUUGCUCCUCUGCUGAAAUUGUAAAUCUGAAAACAAUUGCUUGCUUGACAACCCAAUCCAAACCAUUUUCUGACGCCAUCGUAGCAACCUCUCAGAUGUGUCAAGAUGGUAUGGAGUCAUGCACUUUUGGCGUCAUACAGGCGUUAGCUUUGAUCAAAGGCGAGAAGUACUGUGACGUGAUGAGUCUGUCUGUGGCAACUACAGCUCACGAUUGCCUGAUAGCAGCAGGCUGUACAGAGACUGAAUUUCAGAAGGUAAAGGCAGCAGCCUGCAGUGGUUCUAAUAUUGUAGACUUUAAUACGGAACGAGGGAAAGUGUCUGAAGCUUGCAGCAAAACGUUGGAGACAUGUGUAACUCUGUCUGGAAGUUCAGCCCCUUCAAAUGACGCUGGUUGGUGCUUUCUGUUUGGGGCAACAGUUAAUGGCGUCAGCGCCUACCAGUGUGUUGUAAGGAUCGGACUUUGUACAGACGAGGAGUUUGUGGCUCUCAAAAAUGGAGCUUGUCGUCAGACGGCUAAGGUCCAGCAACAGUCCAGUUAUCUAAAGACAUAUUUGUAUAAUGUGGUAAAAUCGACCAGCUCAGCUUGCCAGGACCAAAUAGUUGAUUGUAUUUUCGGGUCCAGUGUGGCCACAGUUUUAAAACAACAAGAGCAGUACUGUAAACUGAUGAACCUGGUUGUUACCGGAAAAACGACACGGGAUUGUCUUGCUCCCGUCUGCACAUCAGCUGAAUUUAUUAAUUUGAAAACAACCGCCUGCUCAACAACCCAAUCACAAUCAUUUCCUGAUGCCAUCGUGGCAACCUUUCAAAUGUGUCAAGAUGGUAUGGAGUCAUGCACCUAUGGCGUCAAAGACGCGUUAGCUUUGAUCAAAGUCGAGAAGUACUGUGACGUCAUGAGUCUUACCACUGUUCACGACUGCCUGAUAAAAGUAGGCUGCACGGAAACUGAGUUUCAGAAAGUGAAAACAGCAGCCUGCAGUGGUUCUAAUAUUAUGGCUUCUCUUAUCAUGUUGGCAAUUGCUCUACUUCUUCAGCUUUUUUUAUACUAAUUGUUACGUAUAAGAUAUAAGACGCGAACAUCAAUAUUACACGUAGCAAAUGUUCAAAAGUUUAUGUUGAAAAGUUUAAUAUUUGAAUGGACAAAAUUUAAUUACAAAUAAAAUAUUGCAAGUUAAGAUUAUAAAACUUUCGUGUGAUAUUAAAUGGCGAAAAACAAAAUUGUGAAAAGAAAACAAAUUACCAGCUCAGAACCCGUGAUUCUUUCAAGCAAUUUUCUCCAUGGAGUCACUUGAAACUUUUGGAGGCGGACGGUGGACGGACGAAUAAGUGUUACAGCAUAUAUUUUCUGUUUAAAUUAUAUAUUCUUUCUAUUUCAGCCAUGACCAUGAGGGGGGUGGGGUAGUGGGUGUCGACAUGCUAUCAAUAAUUCUUCCUCCUAGAAUAAAUUAUAUACAAAUCUACAAAGAUAGCGUUUUAUCAUAAAUAUGGCUAAUUUUUAAAAAAAAACUUGUGCCAACAUAUUUAAGUGACAACCAUCGUUGUUGGCAAUAGAUUCUAUGUAAUGGGGAUCAAACCAUCGAUUUAGCAUUACAUCAUUGAAAUAUGCCAAGUGUUGACAUGGAGUAGAAAUUUUGCAUCAGUUUAUCACCCAAAGAUGUGGCGUUAACAUAGUUGAUAUUCUAUAUCUUACUUGUCAGUAUGAUUUGCCUAACCUUAACUCUAAUUCGAGCUUAGUUCGAGGCCCAUCGUGGCUCAAAUAACCUUUAUGAUAGGCUGAUAAUAUAUAUAUAU